AUGGUGAAAGUUUUAAUUGAAUCCAACGUUUGGCGGGAGGAUAGUGGAAGCAUACAUGGUGGGUAUGAAGAUUUGGGCGGCGAGUUUGACGACGUAGCAAGCGACUCUAUUACAGCAUCUACUCUUAAUCACGAGAGCGACGAUACCAUUAUCUUGCUUAUCGGACAAACUGGAACCGGGAAGACCUCUUUUAUAUACAAUGCCACUGGAAACCCUAAUGCCAAAAUUGGCGAAGAGCUAGAGUCAGAAACCAGCGAAAUAAGUCAAUACGACCUCUUCGUCGACGGUCACCGUGUAGUCUUAGUCGACACCCCAGGCUUCGACGACACUGAAAUCCCAGACGCAGACAUCUUCCGAAAUCUAGCAGAAUGGCUCGCAAAAUCCUACAAACAAGGAAAACUCAUCGCCGGAAUUAUCUAUUUCCAAAGAAUCACAGAUAACAGGCUUUCCAAGAAUGCGAAACGGAAUAUCUUCACUUUUAAGGAUAUAUGCGGAGAAGGGUUUAUGGAGAAUGUUAUGCUUUUGAGUACACUUUGGGCAAGAGAUGGAGCCGAGAGGGAAAAACAGGCACGAAGAGAGGAUAAAUAUAAAGAGAAUGGUGAUUAUUGGAAGUCAAUGCUUGAUCAGGGUGCUAAGACGGACCGUUACCGUCAUUAUGACCCGCACGAAUUCGGCGACGCUCAGAGACGGGCCCACGAGAUAAUCUCAAAGAUUUUGGAUAAUCAACCACAGACAACUAGAAUCCAACAGGAAAUGGUGGACGAAGAGAGGAAGGCGCAUGAAACAACUGCUGGUAUACAUCUGGUUAGUGAAAUCGACAGGCUCCAGGAGAAGUUUGACCGGUUGAUCCACGAUUUGGAGGAAAAGGCGAAUAAAAGCGAGAGGGACAGAGAACAGUAUAAGGCGAAGCUAGAUGAUUUGCAGAAACAGGCUAGGGAGGCGGAAACACAAAGUCAGAAGCUUCACGGGACGUAUAAAGCUACAGUUGCAGCGGCUAUUGGGGCUGUUGUAGUGUCCGUUGCGGCGGUCGCAGCCGCGGCUUUGAGUUCAUCUUAG